ACCUGUGCUUGGGACGCCGCUUCCAAGUACUUGCUCUUUGUCAGGGCCUAUUCGGGUUGGAAUAUGAUUCUCGAGCCUUUGAGCUUGCCGUUCGCUUCUGCUUCUUCUGCUUCUUGAUCCUUCUUCAGCUAUUAGAGGAAGGGAAGCCAAUCGCUUUUUCUCCUUCAUAGCUGGCUCGCCAAGCAUUGCCUGCCGCUGUCACCCGAAGGACGGCACUGCUCUUGUGCUGGAAACAAAGCUCUCACUUGGACAUUCUCAAUCUCAGCAUUGAUUGGCCAAUCCAUACCGUCGUUAAGGAGAGGACGACCUUGAGGCCACAGGGAUAUCCGCACACUCGCUUUCCUGGACCAGAACACAAGAUCGGAACAUACAUCGAGUCGUUCGAAUGGACUUGUGAUACCGGCAUGUUUAUGCCUUCCAUCGAACCUUGACUCGGAAGUCUGCCUCUCACCCGCUGGAAGAACGACACAAUCAGACGGCAUGGCUUCAUCUUUGUCACAUUCAGACCUCACCAUCAUCUUGGCCACAGUCAUUCCGGGCGUAUUCGUGAUUCUUCUGGGUGGCUUCAUCUACUACCGGGUUCAACGACGCAAAGCUCGAUUCCGUAACCGAGGGAUUACGCCGAUAGACGACGAGGAAAUUGAGUCCUGGAAGGUUGACCGGAGACAUACUGCUGGAAGCGACGAAAAGCCGCCACACUCCCCCGUUUUCACCGAGUCGAAACGAGCUCAACACAGCCACCAUGCGAGCUCAUCCAUUGGCUCUGCCAAGUCCCCAGCCGUCAUUGUAUACCAGAAUCGAAUCUCGGAUGAGCAGCCUCCCUUUUCCCCCGUCCGCGGGAAGAUGAGCAUCGAUAUCCCAGCGUCACCGGUUCUUGCCCGAGCGCCAAACUCUCGGCCGGGCCUAACAGACGAGACGGUCCGGGGCGACCAAGCCUACGUCAACAUCAAGCGUGCUCCAUCCGCCCGACUGUCCAAGGCCAACCCUCCUCGCCAUGCUCGGACCAAGAGCUCACGGAGCACGCGAAGCAGCUUCGGCUCGAACGUGAGGCGUGACCAAUGGUACGGCCAUGCUUCAGAGCAAAACUCGCCUCGGCCAUCUGCCGAUAUGUACACCAAGUCAGGGUCCCCCUCAGCCCGCAGGGCCACCAUCUCGACGCCAGGAAGCCAUGACACUUUCAGCUCUCGAGAUGACGACUUUCCAUUGACUGGUCUCUCACCACGACCAGCGGUGCUCAGGUCAGAUAUUGGACGGGCCAUUGGCUGA